UCCGCUAGAUGACUCGUUGAUAACUACGUUCGUUCUCGAUGAGUAUCGGAUACCGAUCGGACGGCUUACGAAGCCGUUUGGUCAAUAAGAAGCUCCUCGCGAAACUCAAGAAAGCAUAAUGUACAUGUGACGCGAACGAAGUAUCGUGUAUCGGUUCGGUACGCGGCCAGUGCCCAAUAACUCUGUCAAAGAAGGGAAUGUUAACGGCGAUGAAAUUCUGUGACAAAUAAGGGGGAAACAAGAACAGUGCUGACAUACUGGGAUCGUAGGUGUAACGACAAGUCGCAGUAGGGUGUUCUUUCUAUAGAACGGAGGAAAGAAAAGGUCAACCCUUGUCUGGAUUCUAUCCGAUGUGCCGGCGCCCCACUCCCGCUCAUUGUUUGUCCUUUAAAUCUAAUCCCUUAAACUACGUAUUCGAGGGUAGCAUGCCGCAUACUAUGCAAGUCUAUUAUCGUCGUUGUCAUUGUCUGGGAGUUACAUUUUACAACUUGAAUCAAUUUUAAAAAUUCAUUUUUGGAUACAAUAUCCUUAUUGUAUCUAUGAUUUAAUUCCCAAGUUGAUAUUAACAAAUUCAAUAUGUAUGCAUUAAAAAUGCAAACUGCCUGUCAAAGCGAGGGCAGUGGGGAGCCUGAUGAUUCAAGUAGUCAUCAUCAAGAACCUGCUAGGCCUCCAGCACAGGAUUGUAGUUCAUUUGACAUUGUUCGAGCAACUCAAUAUGGAGCUUUGGACCGUGUGACUGAAUUAGUAGAAGCUGGUGCUGAUGUGAAUCAGCCAGAUUCAGAAACUGUAACAUUAUUACAUUGGGCAGCAAUAAACAAUCGAAAAGACAUUGUAAAAUAUUUAAUUGCAAAGGGAGCUGUUGUGGAUGCAAUUGGUGGUGAACUUGCUUCUACACCACUGCAUUGGGCUACAAGACAGGGCCAUUUAUCUACAGUUGUAAUAUUAAUGAGAGCAGGAGCAGAUCCAACUCUUAGAGAUUCAGAAGGUUUCUCAUGUAUUCAUUUAGCAGCACAAUUUGGUCAUACCUCUAUUGUUGCAUAUCUAGUUGCAAAAGGAGUAAAUCCUAAUAUGCCAGAUAGAAGUGCAAUGACACCCCUUAUGUGGAGUGCCUAUAAAGUUAAUAGUCUUGUCUUUUACAGUUUAGAUCCAACGCGCUUGUUAUUAACUUUAGGAGCGUCUCAUUCGCUAGCAGAUAAUUUACAUGGUAAUACUGCUUUACAUUGGGCUAUUAUAGCAGAAAAUAGUACAGCAAUAUCAACACUGGUUCAUCAUGGUGCAUCUUUGGAUGUGCCCAAUAUUCGAGAUGAAACACCAAUGACGUUAUUGGGUCGUCAUAUUGGUGCUGCUUGGUUAGGACAUAAGAUCAGUCAAGAAAUCAGAGAAAAGCAAGGUAGAACAAGACUAUGGUGUAGAGAUAAGAGAAUACGCUGGUAUUGUAUGGUCAGUACACCAUUCAUAGUUUUUUAUGUCAUUGGAAUGAUUUUUCAAAGUGGAUUGGAUUAUCUAGUAAAAAUAGGUGCCUUUAUUACUCUUUACAUAGCACUGUAUUUAGCUAAUCAUUUCAUCUUUGAUGAACGAUUAUUUCAUAUUGUACCAAUGUCAAUCUAUUUGGCUACAAAGAUGUGGAUAUAUGUAACAUGGAUAUUUUGGUUAGGCAUACAUGCUGCAUGGUAUUUGUGGUUACUAUUAGUAGGCGGAUCUGUACCACUUUGGAUAUGUUUCUUACAAUCUUGGAGAGGCGAUCCAGGUGUAAUUACAGCUACACAUGAAGAUAAGUUAAAUACGAUUAUAGAGUUAGCAGAGUCCGGUGGUUUUGAACCACAAUCGUUUUGCAGCAGUUGUUUAGUUAGAAGACCUAUGAGAUCUAAACAUUGUUCUACAUGUGAUCGAUGUGUAGCACGAUUUGAUCAUCACUGUCCUUGGAUUAAUAAUUGUAUUGGUGCGCAUAACCACAAGUAUUUUCUGGGAUUUUUAGCAUCAUUAUUAGGCCUCUGUAUUGUUAUUUUAUCCGCUAGUGUACAAUAUUGGCAAUUUGAAUGCUGGACAAAUUUAACAAAUGGGCAUAGCGCUGAUAAUUAUCUAGUUGCUGCAGCUACAUGCGAUGCUUGGGUAAUGUGGGUCGCAGCAAAUACGGCUCUUCAUUUCUUUUGGGUCGGCACACUACUUGCUUGUCAGUGUUAUCAGAUUAUGGUUCUUGGAAUGACAACGAACGAGCGUAUGAACGCCGGACGUUACGCGCAUUUCAAACAAGGAAAUCCUUUUCAUCGUGGUGCUCUUCAGAAUGCCGCAGAUUUUUGCAAUUUAAGCUUCUGCGGAGUAAAAGCAAAACCCAGCUCGGACUGGUUGCAUAGCUUUGAUCAUAAACAGAGCAUCGAAAAGUUACCUCUCCUUGCUACGAAAGACAACUUUCAAUAUAUUUAGAAUUUUUCUUAAGGAGAAUUUCAUGGAGAAUAAUAUAAUUUUGCCAUCAGAAGCUAAUAUAGUGUGUCAUAUCAUUUACGUCUGAAGCAUACUUUCGAAUUACCAAAGAGUUACUACGAAAUUAGAAAUGAUUUUCAAGGGAGGUAGUGAUUUUGCAUAUACAGAUUUAAAUUGCAUACUAUAAAUAAUUUCUUACAUUUAAUGAAAUACAAAUUUUAACAUUCGUCUACCGUAAAAGACUGUUCUACAAUGUAAGUAUGCAUAUCUCACAUUUGUGUAUAUUCUUCGUUUCGAAUAUGAAACAGAAGAACACGUUGCACAAGUACUUUGACUCUAUUUUUACAACAAAUUGUGAACCAAGAUUUUUUUUGUCUUUGUAUAUUAUCACUACAGUUUACGUGAUGUAAACGAAAUGUUAAUAUAAUUGAUUAAAAAAUAAUUUACUUUAUAUCACGUUGUAAAUAUCUAUAGUUUUCAUGAAAUUGUUAAAAACAUAAAUAUUAAUGUUUUUUUUAAAUUAUACGUUUUUUACUUUAUUUUAGAUGCUAAAUAUUGUAACAAGUAUCAGGUUCAAUUUAUAAAUAAUUGAAUUAAUUAAUUUGUAAGUACAAUUUUUAUCGUAUUAGAAAACUAAUAUCUUUACACAAAAAAAAGCCAUGACAGCCAGGUUAAUGAGAUCAGUACAUAACUGAUAUUAUUUAUUACAAUUAUUUAUAUUUCGUAGUUUUUAAUUUCGUUAUAAAGUUUGUGACAGAAAUAAGAAUAGCAAUAUUGUCAGUUUUCGCUAAGUUAGAAUGUUUUCAUAUUAAAUUUGAAUGAAAUAUAUAGAAAAGAAACUUAAGUUUCGUGAAAUUAUCAAAGACUAUUACUAACGAAAAGUAUGGCAUAUUUAUGUUAAAAAAUUAACGAAUUAUUUUAAUCCAAAAAUGAAAAAUAAACGUUGCGCAACAUUAUUAUAAAUAUAUGCAUAUUACUGCAUAUUACUGUUGGCAAUAUAAUUUGUCUUUCGUACUUGUGAAUAAGUUUACCUGAUUUAAGUGCCAUACUUAUGUUUCUAAAAAAAGAAAAAAAAAAAAACAAUUGUAUUAUUAUGUUGUUUAUAUACUACAUAUAUUUACACACGUACAUAUUUAUAUAUAUGCUCUAACUUUGUAAGAUUUGAGUAAUAUUGCGUGUUGUAUCUAAUCUGUCAUUGCAUUAUGUAAAAAACAUUUUAACGAUAGCAUAGUCUAUAUAAAAUUGUUUAUAAUGUAUGUUUUAAUAGGUGUCAUUCUUUAAUAUAUCAUAAAAUUUCAAAAAGUUAUAUUAUUAAUUAUAUAGAGAAAUAUCAAAUAUAGAAAAAAAAGAAAGGAGAAAAAUACGAGCCUGAUACAUUUUUGUACAAUUACAUUUGUGAUGAUGAUUGUUAAUAGAAAAUAAUCGUCGGACGUUACUUUACAUUCCAGAAAUGUACUUCAAUGUAUAAUUGCGAAUUUUUCUUUCGUCUCUAGUGUGUGAUUAAAAAUGUAUGCUCACUUUUAAUUCAAGUUUAUCAGCAUUAUUCACAUGCAUAAACGAUUGGAGUGCACUGUUAAGGUUGCAAGUGCUAUGUCAAUUCUACUUUCUAACAUUGUUAGGCAUAAGUAUUAAAUAUUAAUACUAUGAAAGUUGCGUUGCGCGCACAAUUAACGCAAGAAAACAUUCUAUAAUUAAUUGCAUCCUUAACAGAAUCGGACUCAACUUAAUUUUAUUAAGAUUUAAUUCAAAAUAAAAACCCAUGUUACGAACAUUUUUAUCAGUGAUUCCGUUCAAUCAGUUAUUAAGUAUAAGUAUUAAAUACUCAAGUUAAAAAGAGUGCAUAUGUUUUUAACAUUGCAUUUCCAAUAGGUGCCUAAAUGUCUAAUUACAUUAUCUUACAUAAAUUUAUAAAAAAAAAAGAAAACACUCUGAGGAUUGAUCAAAAGUCGCUUAAAUGUGUUUGAAAUUUAAGUUCUAAUUCGUUAAGUAAGUAAGUUUACGAAUAGUUUGACAUAGACAAAUGUUUCUCCAAUUUAUUAGUUCUAUCUGGGUUAAAUAAUAUCAUGUUCCUGAUAACAAUGAUAACAAUUAUAUCAUUUUAUCAAUUGUACUAUAUAAUUCCAUUGUUUUUUACAUUGUUUUAAUUUGCGCGAUAACGACAGUUUAUGUACAAAUCAUUUAAUUUUAUUAUGUAUAUAACUGAAUUUAUUUCCAUUUUCAUAACUUGACAGUUUCCUUUGUAAGCCUUUAAUGUAAAAAUACGCAUGUACAGGACAAAAUUAACAUUCGGUACAUUUAUCAAACUGUCAUUUGUUAAGAACAAGUUUUCAAUUUUGACUGCUUGUACAGAAUGUUAAAAGCUGUUUGUACAAAACGUUGAGGCGUGCAUAUAUAAGAGUAAUAUAAUAUAGAUUCAGUCAUGCGAUGAUAUUAAGGAAUGAAUACUCUAUAUCAGAAUUAUUGCAAAAAACAUCUGUAUAAAUAUUAUAAAUAUAAAUGUAAGUUAAAUGUAAUUACUUUAUAACUGACUUAACUACUUAUUGAAUGAAUGUGUUAGUCAAACAUAUGAUUUUCCUCGAAUAUGGUACGUGUUUAGUAUUUACGCAUAUUUCCAAUCUAGUCCAAUUGAUAUUAAGAUAAUCUGGUAUUUAGAUUAUGUUUAUCUCGCGUGAACAACGAGAUACAGUCGAUUUAUGUAUAGCAGGUAGUUUCUCUUAUUUUCUAAGCGAUUGAGUCUAUAAAACAAGAAGAAGAAUUGUGUAGUUAAUGACACGUUAUCAACGAAUAAAAAGCAUUGAAAUUGUAUUAUAACAUUCUGAGAAACUUACAAAUAAGAAAUAGAUGAAUACAAUAUAGAGAGGUUUUUAUAAUUAACAUUUUCAAACAUUUAAUUUGUAUGUUACAAGAAUUGUUUGCUUUGAAGAUGUAUAAGAAAGUUGAAAUGAUGCAUUAAAUAUACACAGAUUAAGAUUUGAAAAGGAUUUGAUCUAGAAAUAUGUGAGCAUUUGAACGUUUAGGUACUAGUUGAAGUUUUUUGUGAAAAACGAUUAAACAUAGUUAUAUAUAAUCUUUUUGCGACUUGUUAUAAAUUUGAAAAAUUAUGAAACUCCUCGCAAACAUAGAUGAAUUUACAGCUAUUGUAUCGAAUCGUAUUAAAUUAAUACUAUUAAUCUAAUUAUAACACUCUACUUCUGACUAACACGCAACCAAUGUAAAUAACUUUUACUUUGAACAACUUGUUCCAAGAACAAGAACAUUUUUAGCUAAUCGCAAAAAGAAUUCAAUCAAAGUUAUUAUAUGUUGUGUAACAAAUAAAAGAAAAGAUAUAAAUGAUUAAAUUUAUCGAC